CGGGCCCCUGGCCUGGGUCCUCCCCCCUCCCCGCUUGUGUGAGCGCCCGGGUGAACCCCCCCUACAGGGGGGAGUUGCGAAUCCCACUGUGACUUUGCCCCCUGUUCUGCAGUAUUUGCCCCCCUGGGGGGAGCCAAAGGAGGGAGAUCGCAGCUGCUUCCUCCUCCUCCAGCUGCGAACAAGCCCGCUGCAGUGCCAGGGUGAACUCUGCCUGCCUGCCUUGGGGCUGCCAAGUGCCCACAGGUUUGGGCACAGAGCAGUUUCGCAACCCCCCCAGCUCCUGUGGCCUCCAUGCUUGCAACAUUCAAGCGGGAUCAAGAGGAGGAGGAGGCGAGCAGGGGUGGAUCACUUCCACCCCCGUGGGACCACGCUUGAAACUCUUGUUAGGUAUGUGGUUCCUAGGUCAGCCGCAGCACGCUGGAUCCGGCUAGGAAGAAGCUGAGACAUUUGGGCAGGAACCUGCCUUUAGAGUAGCUGCAGAAGCAGCAGCUCGGCAGCGCCAUGGAGAACGUGGAGUUCAGAGGCGGACCGGAGAGAUUUCCAGACAAAGAUCCCCGGCUGAAUGCAGUGUUUGUGGAUCAGGGGCAGAUAAUGAUGAUGAUGGUGGAGCAGAGAGGAGGCGAUGGGUACAGAUUGGUGGAAGUGUUGCUGACUGGAGGGGCUCCUUGGGGCUUUACCUUAAAAGGAGGAAGAGAGCAUGGGGAACCUCUCAUCAUCACCAAGAUUGAAGAAGGGAGCAAAGCUGCAGCUGUUGACAAGUUACUGGCUGGAGACGAAAUUGUCAGCAUCAAUGACGUGGGCCUCUCCGGGUUCAGACAAGAGGCGAUCUGUCUGGUGAAGGGAUCACACAAGACUCUCAAGCUUAUAGUGAAAAGAAGAAAUGAUCUAGCCUGCAGGCCCCACUCCUGGCAUGCAACCAAAUUCACAGAGAAUCAGCCUGAGGCAGCCACGUCACAGCUCUCCUCAACCAAUGUCUGCACUUCCUGGCACUCCCGGUAUCAUGCAAGCUCCUCCUCUCAUGACCUGUCAAACUCAUGGGAUCAGUCAAAUCUGCAUCGCACGUCUGAGCGAUUCAGUUCCCUGGGAAGUAUGGACAGCUGGGACCACACUCUCCAAACAUCCCAGUAUGAAAGGCUUUCCUCUGCAAAGUCCAACAAUAGCAUUGAUCAUGUAGGGAACCAAAGCAAGCGGGAUUCCGCCUAUGGCUCUUUCUCCACUAGUUCGAGUACCCCUGAUCACACUCUGUCCAACAUGGAUGCUGCUUCAACGGAGAACAUGCUGUACAAAGUAGGCCACUGGGACACUGCAAAGCAUGGAAACAGCAAGACUGGCCAGUUAGUGAAUGAUAACAGUGGACUGGAGGACAAACCUGGAUACUUGCCACUUCCCAUUCAAUAUGAGACUAGAAAGAGCCCUAGAUUGGAGGAACAGCCCGAUUCCAAGCUCUCUGGUUCUGGAAGAUCAAGUUUUGGACCUAUCUGGCAUGUUCCUGAUAAAAAAUCAUCUUCCCCUCCACCACCACCUCCACCUCUCCGUAGUGACAGCUUUGCUAUUACCAAAGGCCAUGAGAAGGCCCAUGGUUCAGUGUACUCAGAGGGUGCCAGCACCCAGCACUUUACAGUUCUGAACCAAUCUCAGCACAGGAGGGACUGGAUCUCAGAAACUGCAGAACAACCAAGAAGACCUGUUAGGGCAAGUGACAGGAGCACAGAUGGAAAGAGGGUCAAUAAUUCCAACUACAAAUCUGAUAUUAGUGUGGACUACAAUUUGUCCUCUGCUGGUGAUAGGUACAACAAUAAUUCAGGAAAUGCUAACAGACUGCAGUCCUCUUUGUCCAGCACUGAUGUUCGGUUUGCACAGCCUGCUUACGGUUACCACCACCAGCGCCAGUACAGCGAUGAAAGCACUUUCUUUCACCAUGCAAGAGCUUCAACUUCGCCUAAAGAGCAGCGACAUGUUUCCUCUUACAGUGGCAAUAAAGAGCUACCUGCCAACCACUUUCACUGCUACAGUCCAAACCAAGCCAGAAUGCCCAGUGCUUCUUCUAAUAACGGUGCUGCUGAACAGAAGGUGGACAACACUGGACAGAGUCGUUAUUAUUGUGUCACAGCAAAACAGCCUGCGCAGGGAAGCUCACGGCCACUACAGCUCAAGGAUGAAUGUUGGAAACCUGGAAUAGGGGCUGAUGUUUCCCCUGGACCACAUGAAAAUCCUGCCGUAGUCACGAUGGUCCAAAAAACAAAAUACUAUUUACCGCAACAACCUGUCGAGCAUUUGCUAGAAGGGCGCGAGAAGAGUGGUCACUAUGUAGUGGACAGUGGAGGGGAUGUUAAGUCUACUGUAGUGGAAGAUCCUAAAAAACCAAGUUUUACUGAAAAACCUGGUCAAAAGAAAAACUUUGAUGGCAGUUUCGAGGAAAAUGACAAUAGCUACAAUCAGCAGGAGUGUACAAAGAGCUGUGUCCCUAUCACUGAACACAGAGCUGCCCAAAAAGAAAUCAGGUGGCGACCAGAAGAGAGUAGUAAGAUUUCUGCUCAGAAGACCCCAAUUUUGCAUUCUUUAGCUCAGGAAGGGAAACACCAGUCUGACAACUGCCUGGAAACUGGAAUGGAUAGACAGCCCCCAUUUGAUACGCAUACAGCUAAGCAGGCACGCAGAAGUGAUCGCUUUGCAACAACCCUGAGAAACGAGAUCCAAAUGAGGCGAGCGAAGCUGCAGAAAAGCAAAAGCACUGCUACCUUAAUAGGGUCAAGCGAAACAGAAGAGGACACUGAAAACUGGAAACCAGAUUCAGUGGAGAACUUAAACACGUCUUCAGAAAGUUCUUUUACCGGCUCCUACACGGAUCACCUGAAGGAGGCCCAGGCUAGGGUCCUGAGGGCUACUUCCUUCAAACGGCGGGACUUGGAACCUAGCCCUGCUGAUUAUCUCCCCAGGUCGCCAGAACGGAAGACAAAUAAUUGCAACUCUUCCUUGUUGGCUUGGGUUUCUGAAGAUGUGUCAGGUUUUCUUGAGGCUAUGCAGGCUAAACCAAACUCAUCAGGGAGUGGCACUCAUCAUAUUUCCCGCAUUGGAGCUAGGAAGAGGUUCACAUCAGAACAAAAACUGAAGUCUUACUCUGAACCAGAGAAGAUGAAUGAAGUGGGGGUGUCAGAAGAUGACUGCCAUCCCCACCGCCGUCCAAAUACAUCUGACGAAGCCCUGGGCUCUUUUGCAGAUAAGUGGAAAUUCUUUGAAGAAACGAGUAAGCCCACAUAUCGUAAGUCUGCGCAGAAACAAACUCCCUACAGUCUGCCUGAGAGGCCUGAUAAAAAGGCUCAUGGGCACGAGGGUGAGGAGUCGUGGUAUGAUAGACGGGCUCGGGCAGCCUCUUUUGGAAUUGAAAGUACACGAGCUGCAAAAGAUAAUGUCCAUUACCUUGCUCACAAGUCUGCAGACAAAGUGGUGAAAACUGAACAGCCUCAGAGGUUGGGAACAUUUGCAGAAUAUCAGGCAUCCUGGAAAGAGCAGAGGACACCUCUAGAGCCAAGGAGUUCAGGAAAGUACUAUUCAGCCGAUAACAUCCUUGAUGCAAGCCAUGAGCAGCAUGAGAAACCCCAGUACACACACGAGAGAUCCAGGUCGUCUCCUUCUACUGAUUUCUAUAAACAGGAAGUCACAGUUGAAGUAAGGAGGCAAACCGAGGAUUCAGGGGAAGAUGGGGAGUGUAUUUCCUCCAAAACUAACACUGAUGAGCAGAAUUGCACUCUAAGCUUCUUUUCUCAGCUCACAGUAUCUCUCCAGCCUCCCCUAAGCAGAGAACAAACCUGCCUUCUUUCUAGGUCUCCGAGGCAAGCUGAAACAGGAUUCCCAGAAGAUAACCCAGGAGAACAAAGGGCUCAGCUGGACCAAAAUUUAGGACCCAAAUGGAAGGCAUCUGUUAGACCAUUUCAAACAAGAGAACCUAUUGUCUUGUCUCAAGAGAGCCGGGGAAGAUCCGGGACAUUGCCCAGUGAUUACAGAUACUCCCAGGAAAACGUGAAUGAGAAAAGCAAGGAUUGCAGCUUGCCCCUUCUCACUUAUUCUGAGCCGCAGACACUGCAGGAGAGCCACUCCUGUCUGCCACAAGGCAGAGGAGAGGAAAGUCAGUGGACAGAGCUGACAUUGCUGAACAAGAGACGUGGACCUGUCCCUCAGAGGCCUCCCCCACCCAAACGAGAUAAUAAAUACAGGGGCCAGGACAAUUCCACCUCACUCAGCAUCUCUUCAGAAUCGCUGCUGGCAGUACCCAGGAAGCCCAUUCAAUCCAUUUCCCCCAGCUCUGGUGAGGUAAUUACAGGUUACAUUCAGAGUCCUGCAGCGUUCAAUGGAAAACUAAAGAGCGCUCAUCCUCAGGGGCUCCGGCAAACAGCAUCCACAGAGAAUGUAUGUCAGCACUUAGAAGAGAAAGCACAUCUUAAAUCUGAACCUGUAUUGUCUUCAAAGUAUCGCUACCUUCAGAAACCUGGAAUGGAGACGUCAAGGUCCCCUUCACCUCAGUUUGCUCCACAGAAGCUGACUGACAAGCCUCCUGUAUCUGUCCAGGAUGAGAACCCAGCAAGAAUUGAAAGAGUGAUCGAUAACAACACUACAGUAAAAAUGGUUCCCAUCAAGAUAGUUCAUUCUGAGAGCAAUGCAGAGAAGGAAAGUCGCCAGAACCUCGUGAGCACCAUGGAGCCUCCUGCCUUACCUAGUGGUUUGGAGAAGGACCAGAUUAAAACACUCAGUACUUCUGAGCAAUCCUACUCGCGUUUCUGUGCUUACACAAGGCGGGGCGUAGAACCAGAGCCUGAGAGCAAAACCAGACUUCCUGACUUGCAAUCAGCCGAAGCACUUGGGAACAACUUGAAGGACAACGAUGCCUCCAUCCCUGUAAUCAGCUACGUGAAGGCCAAAGAGAAGACCUUUGAAGACUGGAAGUCUGAGGAACUAGCCAGAGAGAUUGUCGGAAAAGAUAAAUCUCUAGCAGAUAUUUUGGAUCCUACUGUGAAAAUAAAAACUACGAUGGAUCUGAUGGUGGGAAUCUUCCCUAAAGACGAACACCUCCUAGAAGAAGCUCAACAACGCAGAAAGCUCCUACCAAAAGUUCCUUCUCCAAAAAUUGCAGAGGAAAAGAAAGAGGAGCAGGGCAUGCCUUCUGCCAUCUCCUUGACAACCAAUUCCACUUACUACAGCACGUCUGCACCAAAAGCAGAAUUGCUGAUUAAAAUGAAGGACAUGCAGGAGCAACAGCAGCAGCAGAGCGAAGAGGAUUCUGAAGAUGAGCUUGAUCAUGACUUGUCAGAAAAGAAGCAAAAACUCAUUGACAGCAUCAGUAGGAAGCUGCAGGUGCUGCGCGAAGCUCGGGAAACACUCCUGGAAGACAUCCAAGCGAACAAUGCACUAGGAGAUGAGGUGGAGGCUAUUGUGAAAGAGGUCUGCAAACCUAAUGAGUUUGACAAGUUCCGGAUGUUCAUCGGGGACCUGGACAAAGUGGUCAACCUGCUGCUGUCACUGUCAGGUCGUCUGGCCCGGGUGGAAAAUGCCCUGAAUAACUUGGAUGAAAAUGCCUCUCCUGAAGAACGGCGGACAUUGGUAGAGAAGCAGAAGCUGCUGACUCAACAGCAUGAAGAUGCGAAAGAACUGAAGGAAAACCUGGACCGACGGGAGCGUAUUGUCUUUGACAUUUUGGCUAACUAUCUAAGCGAAGAGAGCCUAGCAGAUUAUGAGCACUUUGUAAAGAUGAAGUCAGCCCUUAUCAUUGAGCAGAGAGAGCUAGAGGACAAGAUCAAGCUGGGGGAGGAGCAACUCAAGUGUCUGACCGACAGCCUCCAACCUGAAAGGCUCAAAUAAGAGGUCAAGGCCUGACCAAAGACUUGAAAACUGGUGGUUGGGCACAGUUUCCAAGUAUGCAAGUGAAAACCCUGACUUGUAUCUGUGUCUAGUAGGCAGAGUUAGACAGGAGAAAAAUAGCUACUCUAGCAAUAAUGAUCUUUCUUGUUGUUUGGAUGAUGUAUUUAAUUUUUUAAACCCUCUUUUUAA